GCCAGUAUCUUAUUGUCAGUCUGUUCUACCUUUUUGUUUAGCGUUUGAUAUGUUAUUCAGAUCAGGAAGAAUCUUGACAGCCAAAUUCAUGUCUAAACCUACACAGGAUGCAGUGUAUAAAGUACCAGCUAACAAAAAACGGCCAUCUGCCAGUGGUCUGGAGUUCAUUGGUCCUCUUGUGAGCUCUGUGGAUGAGACCCCAGACCCUAUCAGUACAGUUAUUAAAGGUGAAAUUCCAUCUUGGAUCACUGGCAGCUUCUUUAGAAAUGGACCUGGGAAAUUUGAGUUUGGUGAAAGCAAAUUCAAUCACUGGUUUGACGGCAUGGCCUUGAUGCAUCGUUUCCACAUUGAAGAUGGUCAGGUGACCUACAGCAGUCGUUUCUUACAGAGUGACUCUUAUGUGCAAAAUGCAGAGAAGAAUCGAAUUGUAGUGUCUGAAUUUGGCACCCUGGCAACACCUGACCCAUGCAAGAACAUUUUUUCCCGGUUCUUUUCACGUUUUCAGAUUCCAAAGGCAACUGAUAAUGCAGGAGUGAGCUUUGUUAAGUACAAGGGAGAUUUCUACGUAAGCACAGAGACCAAUUUCAUGCGCAGAAUUGACCCUGUUAGCCUGGAAACCAAAGAAAAGGUGGAUUGGUCAAAAUAUAUUGCAAUUAAUGCAGCGACAGCUCAUCCACAUUAUGACCGUGAAGGAGCGUCUUACAACUUGGGAAACUCAUAUGGCCAAAAAGGCUUCUUCUAUCAUAUCCUCCGAGUUCCACCAGGUGAUGGAAAGAAUGAUGUUGCUAAUCUGUCAGGUGCAGAGAUUCUUUGCUCUGUUCCUGCUUCUGACCCCAGGAAACCAUCAUACUACCACAGUUUUGUCAUGUCAGAGAAUUACAUAGUCUUCAUUGAGCAGCCGAUCAAGCUUGACCUGCUGAAAUUCAUGCUGUACAGAGUAGCUGGAAAAAGCUUUCAUAAAAUCAUGACCUGGAACCCGGAACUAGAAACCAUCUUUCAUGUGGCAGACAGACGCACUGGCCAGCUCAUCAAGACAAAGUACUACAGCAGUGCCAUGUUCACGCUGCACCAGAUUAAUGCAUAUGAGGAUAGUGGAUAUUUGAUUAUGGACAUGUGCUGUGGAGAUGAUGGCAAUGUGAUUGGUGACUUCACAAUGGAGAACCUUCGGGCAUCUGGAGAAGAACUUGACAAGUUCUUCAGUUCACUGUGUACAAACUUACCAAGGAGAUAUGUACUGCCUCUGGACGUAAAGGAAGAUGAGCCUAACGACCACAACCUCAUCAGUUUGCCAUACACCACUGCCACUGCUGUGAAGACUGCAAAUGGGGUUUUCCUGAGCCAUGAAGAUCUCUACAAUGAUGAUCUGUUGCAGUAUGGUGGUCUUGAGUUCCCACAGAUCAACUACACGUAUUACAAUGCUCGUCCUUAUCGGUACUUCUAUGCCUGUGGCUUUGGACACGUAUUUGGUGACUCUCUGCUUAAGAUGGAUCUAGAAGGAAAGAAGCUAAAGGUGUGGCGCCAUGCUGGUUUGUUCCCAUCAGAACCAGUGUUUGUUCCAGCGCCCGAUGCUAAGGAUGAAGAUGACGGUGUGGUCAUGUCUGUGGUCAUUACACCAAAAGAGAAAAAGAGCAGUUUCCUCCUUGUCCUUGAUGCCAAGACUUUCACAGAGCUUGGAAGAGCAGAAGUUCCAGUGGACAUCCCGUAUGGCACCCAUGGACUCUUCAAUGAGAAGAGCUAAAAAAAAAAAAAUCAACUCAGAUGAACUCAAAAGAGUGAAAACAGCUAUGUAAUCUUUGGAAUAAGCUUUAACUUGUUUGUAUUAUGUGUUGUGUUAAAGGUUUUAUUUUUACUCUACAUAUUUUGUGGAUGGCACAAAUAUAUAAGUGACAAAUAUUUUAGAAAAACUGACAUGCCUAUGCACUAUUUUUUCUGUAUUUUAAACUACAGCAUGUAUUUAACAUUUUAUGCAUCAACUACCCUUAUUUUGUAUAUGGUAGCCUAUAAUUUUCCUAUGCAUUCCUGCUAUUUUUGAAUCAAAAUAAAGUGCAGCAGACAUUGGUAAACUAGAGAAAGUCUAUUUUAACAAAAACAACAACAACAUAAUAAUAUUGACACAACACUUAAAAGAAAAUAAGUACAGUGUCCAAGCAUGAUCCAAAUCACUUGCUUAUCUUCUUCUAUUUAGUGCAACACAAGUGAUCUCCAAAUCACUAGGUGGCGCUUGUGCUAUACGGUUUACACUUC